GGAGGCGGCACGGGUGCUGUUUCUCCAGUCUCUUUCCCCUGUCUUUGUCUCACACACUCUUUUGUUAGCCAUGCCUAGCCUGCUGGUUCUAGCAGGGAUCAUGGAGAAAAACGGGGGCUACGCCGGGGAUCUGGCCGGCUCCGGUUUCGGAGGCGAAGGUCUCCUGGUUCCGCCCGACGAGGAGGAAGACGACUCCCGUGCCCUCAGGGUCGCGCUGGGCCAGUUGUCUCUGCUCGGGCUCGGGGAAGGCGAGGACGGCGGCGGAGCCCCGACAACAGGAGUGCAGGACCGGAGCAACAAUAACAACAACCACCACAACCACACGAACAACGUCGGGGGCGGCGGCGGCGGGGACGCGGCGAUCCUGCAAGGGAAGAGCAAGUUGUGCGCCCUGUACGAGGGCUCCUCGAGCGAGACCAAAGGACGCGGCUGCAACAUAACAGAAUGCGUCCCGGUGCCCAGCUCGGAACAUGUGGCCGAAAUAGUGGGGAGACAAGGUUGCAAGAUCAAAGCCCUGCGGGCCAAGACCAACACGUACAUCAAAACCCCCGUGAGAGGAGAGGAGCCCGUGUUCUUGAUCACCGGCCGGAAGGAGGACGUUGCGCUGGCUCGCCGUGAAAUCAUCUCCGCCGCGGAGCACUUCUCCAUGCUCCGGGCGUCCCGCAACAAGCUGGGCGUGUCCUUUAGCGGAUCCCCGCCCACGCCGUUGCCGGGUCAGACCACCAUUCAGGUGAGAGUGCCAUACCGCGUCGUGGGGCUGGUGGUGGGGCCCAAGGGCUCCACCAUCAAACGCAUCCAGCAGCAGACCUGCACCUACAUCGUCACCCCGAGUCGAGACCGCGACCCCGUCUUCGAGAUCACGGGGUCGCCGAGCAACGCCGAGAGGGCCCGCGAGGAGAUCGAGGCGCACAUCGCCUUCCGAACGGGGGGCCUUCACGACCACAACAACGAGAACGACUGCAUGGGGCCCAACGGCGGAAGCAGCCCGCCGGGCAGCGGCGGCGGCGGCGGCGGGGGGCUGGAGAGCCGGCUACAGCAGGUGUGGGGGCUGCAGGGGGGCCAGCGCAAGCCCCUCACCAGCAGCUACCGCCAGAACUUCUCAGAUGCCAUGGUGGGAGGAGGAGGGGGAGGCGAGGGAGGGGGAAUCUACAGCAAGAGCAACUUCUCCAGCUCCGGGGAGAAGCCGUGUUCCUAUUUCGGAUCGGAGGGCACCCAGAGCUGGGGCGACCCCGACUACCCCAAACAAGUGGCCUUCUACGCCCAGCAGCGGUCCAAGAGCUUCGGAGGCCUCCCGCUCCCCCUGACCAGACUCUCCCCGGGCUUACCCGAGUCCUGCGGAGGCUUAAGCAACAACAACAACAACUCGACCGUCACCAGCAUCGUGUCCGUGUCCGGCUCACCUCACGCCCAGGCCCGCCGCGCCCACAGCGAGCCCACCUCGGCCGGCGAGGUCUUCCCGGGCCGCCUGCCGGUGCCGGGCUCGCCGCCGAUCACCGUGCGGGACUGCAUGACCUGCUUCGAGAGCAAAGUGACGGCUGCCUUGGUGCCCUGUGGCCACAACCUCUUCUGCAUGGAGUGCGCCAUCCGAAUCUGUGAGCUCAACCACCCGGAGUGCCCAGUGUGCCACACCCAGGUCACACAGGCCAUCCGAAUAUUCUCUUAAGGAACCACAUCCGUUUUUAACCAUUUUUAGUUUUGUCAGUGUUUGUUCAAUAAUUAUUUACUGUUAUUAUGAUUAUUAUUAUAAUAUACUUUUUUUUUUCCUUUUCUUUUUUCCAGAAAAUUUACAAACAACCAAGCAGAUAUUUUAGACGGCACUGCUUGCUUUACUAAAAAGUAUAAGAAAUAUUUUUAAGUUUUUCUUUUAUAUAUAUAUGCAUAUAUAUUUUAUAAAAGUUUUGUUUAUAAGAGAAGUAUAGUACCUUGCGUUUUCAGUUUUUGGACUGCUGCUGUUUUUCAUUCAUGGAUCACAGAGUAGGAAGAGGUAGACAGUAAUGUGAACAUUUUAUUAUUCAAAUUUUUUAUUUUACCAUGAAGUGGGUUUAUAUGGAAGGAAGAAGAUGAUUGUCGAGAUAACCAAUCUGCACCUGACCGACCCAGAGAGUCAAUGUUGUUAUUAGAAAGAGAGAGAAAAACAAACGUAGACUUGUCAUUGCACCUUACAAUCAUCUUGGUCUAAAAUAGGAUUUUCAAUCAUACGUUAAUAUUUCGGGAGCUGACGUGAAGGCGAAUUCCGCCCUUUCAGUUUUACUGUGAUUGUUGCUUGAUUUAAUUGGUCCAACAUAGAUAUCCAUUUUAGCUAAAUGAAAAUGUGAAUAAACUGGUCCGAGUCAAAGCCAUGUAAUACAAAACUACAA